AUGCCUAUAAAGAAAAGAAGGCCAAUAAUGCAGCCAAAACAAAUACAACUUCUAAUAAUUAAGCUCUUUACAACUAGAUAGAUCCCAACCCAACGGCUAUAUUUCCAUUAUUCAUUUCAAUAAUAAUCAUUUCACAUACAACGGUCCAUCUAUCUUCAUAAAACCAUAAAAUCUUAUUAACAUUUUGCUUACUUUUUCAUUUUCAUUAAUUAAUAUUUUGCUUACUCUCUUGCAAUGGAAACCAUCCCUACUGUUACAUCUAUAUCUAUCUCUCCAACUGCUACCACCGUCACAACCACCACCACCGCCGAUUCUAAGGUUCAACGAGUAACUAAGAAAUCUUCCGAUGAACUACUUCGAAAAUUUGCUGAAGUGGGUACCAACGAGAAGAAAGAGCUGCGUAUUAUCAAACGCAGGAAGAAGAUGAAGGAGAAUCAACGCGAGAGCCAGAGCCCUUCGAAAGCCGGCGCCGCCGUUGUUGAAAGGAGGUCGCUGUUGCCGCCAACUGUAAACCGGAGGUCGGUGUUGCUCCGGCAGCUUAGGGCUAGAGAUAACAGAAACAAGUCAUCAAUCUUGGGAACUAUUCAAAAAACAUGGCGUAGAACUGUUGAAGGUGCUUCUAGAGUUUUCAUGGAAAAGCAUUAUCAUCGUCAUAAGCGUUUGAUCAAUGAUAUUGUUUGAACAAUUACAAGCUAAGCAAAAUUCUAAUCAGAUGAAAGCAAGGCUCACCAUAUUCACCUUAUGUAUAUUUAACUGUUGGUUUAAUUCAGUUCUUUUCUUUCCACUAAUUGUAUUCUUUUUGACUUCAAGUAUCAAUUGAAUUUGCAUUUUCUUAA